UCGUGUCACGCGAAGCUGGGAUCUGUCGGGUCGAAGCACGUGGGUUAGCUCAUGGCCGGGGGUUCCUUGCAUGGCUUUAAAGUUAGGCUGUAACUCAUUUUCUUAAUAUGAUCGUCGGUGGAAUGGCUAUACAUUGUAGACGGGUGAGAAGGUGUAGAGAUGGUCCAAACUCUCUACUAUAUCUUGUAUAAACGACAACUGCAAGUAUUCUCCCAGGUUGCCGCAUCCUCUGUUGUCCUUCUUGCGUACGCCUUUCUUCUCGGGCUUUGCGGUCUCAGUCCGACCAUCUAUCCACAUAGCAAGAGCCCGUCAAGAGCCCGUCAGGGGCUAUCGAGAAGUUCGUCCAGGGCAGCGCAAGGAAGGAAGUUUCGAAGUAUAGAGGAGGGAUCCGGCUGGGUUAUCGCAUUCGCGGGCGCAAACUAUAGUAUAAUCCAGCGUUAGCUUAGACAAAUUGGUCCCAUUCAUCGGGUCUAGACAGCAAUGCCUACCUCUGCAUAUCAAAAUAGAUCAAUCCCCUAGCA